UGCAAGCGAAUUGAGGCUGAAUUACAUAUUAAUUGCCUCCCAAAUAUAUCAAUAUUGGUCACUUGCAUCUUUCAUCACUAAAUAAAUACGUUACCCUUGCAAUGCAAAAUAAAAUUUAAGUCCUCCUCGUGUUUUUGUGUAGGAAAAACAUGCCGAAAAUCAUUUUGGAUAAGCAAGACGCAACCUAUACCGCUGGAGAAAGCGUAUCUGGUGUGGUCGUCGUGCCCAGUAAUGUAACAAAGAGGCCAACAAGUAAAUAUGUAUUCGGAUAAAAUUUGAGGGAAGGGCUGCCGUGAAUUGGCCAGUGGUUCAACGAACGGGUCAGACAUCGCACUACUACACGACUUGUGUGACUGACGAAGAAAUUUAUUUCGUAGAGGAGAUAACUGUACUCCAAAGCGGUUCGGCAUUACUAUACUUUAUAUUCAGUAAAUUCAAAUAUGUGCCUAGUUACAUGAUGGACAUACUCACGAUAACUUCGGGAAGAGAAAUCUAGAAAAUUGAGGUUGCAUAUGUAUAGAUUAAUAUAACUUCAAAAGUUAUACGAAGUUUGCCACCAUUCCUAAAAUUAUUUCGAAACCUAUCUACGCAAAAUGAGACGCAGGCGUGUGAGUACGCCCAAUAUGCAUAUACAUGUGUUUGUAGAUAUGUAAAUACGUACAUAUCCAUUCACGUUUGGAGUUUCGUGGCAGAUUUCCUUGUCUACAAAUUUGGCUUUGGGCAUAUUAAGUUAAUCCGUGUGAUCGCAUCGCAACAAAAUUUUGGAAACAGAUUGCAAACUAAAUACUAGACUUGGACAUGCUCAAGUUCGCGAAUAUUUUUUUGAGAACUUGAGAAUUUUGCUAUUUGCUAACGACGCCAACUCGUACAAUGAAUGGGUAAAAAACUAUACUUACAUAUGUAUGUAUGUUCCUAAAUUUGAGCAGCAAACGAACAUGUUUUUAAUGCACUUAAGCUAAAUUAAUUUGUGAUGCCAAACAUUAUUUAUGUUGAAGUGAGUACGCCCAAUAUAUGUAUGUGCACUCUAAAUAAAGUUGCAUAAAAUUUACUCCGCUUGAAUAGUAAAAAAAGGAGGUGACACAUCAACUGGGUAAAAUUGGUCCAACGGUCGGAUAAAAUUGGUCGGAUAAAUUUUACUGAAUUGAAGUGUCAUCCUCUCUUUUAUGUACUCAACUUUGAGUAAAUUUUGCACAACUUUAUUUAUAGUGUUUGUACAUAUGUGUGUAUGUUCAUAGAAGGGAUGCGGUCUACAAUGCGGUCAAGUUUAACAUUCGUAAUUAAGGCACCUUAUCACCACUGUAUAUGUAAAGCUUUGUCACACAUAUUUACAUAUCCCAUUUAAAUUUGUUGUAAUGUGAAAUGAACCAGUUGUAAGCGAAUUUAGGCUGAACUACAUAUUAAUUACGUCCCAAAUACACCAGGAUUUCGGAACUUGCGUUUGUUAUCACUACAGAUUAAAUACAUAAACCCUUGACAUCCUUGAAAAUAUAAAUUUUAAUAAUUUUAAACAUGCUGAAAAUCAUUUUGGAUAAGCAAUACGCAACUUAUACCGCUGGAGAAAGCGUAUCUGGUGUAGUCGUAGUGACCAGUAAUGUAACAAAAGAUCCAACAAGUAUUCGGAUAAAGUUUGAGGGAAAGGCAGCCGUGAAUUGGCCAGUGGUUCGCGUUCAACGUAUGGGCGAGAAAGUGCACUACCUCACGAAUUAUGCGACUGACGAAGAACUUUAUUUUACAGAGGAGAUAACUCUACUCCCAAGCGAAAAUGACAAACCAUCGGAGCAUUCAGGAUUGCAAUUCCCCUUCACUUACCAACUUCCACUGGGACUUCCUACCUCUUUUAGACGCCCCAAGGGACGCGUAUUUUACACCAUCGAAGCAAUUCCGACCUCAGACCUGUCACUCAAUGAAGACAUUGCCCCUGCAGAACUUGCCUUUAUUGUGACUGGGAAACUAAAUUUGACCCGUGAAAUUUUGUCCAGCUUAAAUAAUCCUGUGCAAAUCGGGGAUACCAAGAAACUCGGUCUUUUCCGUGGGUCAGGAAACAUUGGGUUCACUUUCAAACUAGAGAAAAGUUUAUUCGCUCCUGGUGAAUUUAUCGGAUUUUCUGCAAAUUUGGAGAACCACUCAAAGAAGAAGAUUGAGUCUGAAAUCAAGUUGGUUCAAGUGAUGGAAUUUCAUGCGAAGGGAAAGAUGAAAACGGACACAAGUGAAAUUGUUAGUGUCAUUGGACCAAAUUUUUUUCCAGGCAGGGAAGAAGUUUGGGUCGGAAAAGAUGUCCUGAAAAUUCCGAAAGAUGUGUUACCCACGGGAUUGGGUGGUCCGUGCAAAAUUAUUAGUUUGCAGUACAACUUAAUGAUUAAAAUGGGGACUUUAUGUCGCGAUGUACCAAUAACGAUUGGGGAAGUAGAUAUAAUCAUGAGUGAACUAUAGAUGACUACCGUCGUAUAAAGAUAUUUUUGAGGAAUAAAUAAAUGUUGCUUGCUAAAAUUCAUCAUGAUAUUACAAAGUAUGUUGCAACGUUUUCAAACUCAUGACGAUGGAAAAUUUGAAAUUUCGUGCAUUUUUUACAGCCAAAUUUUGGAAAUUCUGGAAAUUUUGUAGUUUGAAGAAAUACAUGUUUCACAUUUUUAGAACAGUAUUUUAUAUGUUAAUGCUGUCUAGUGCGUAUGUAAAACGUAUGUAACAGACUUCUUCAUAUUUCGCACACAAUAUAAUAAAAAAUAAGUUUAUUACAAA